AUGCGCCCGGUUGUUCUAAGUGUCUUGAUAUUAACUUUGGUCACUCUGACAAGGACUGAACCAGGAGAAAGCUGUGAAGACCACUUCAGAACAGUAUUCGGCUUCGUUUGCCACAAAGAUGUCCAAAAUUCGCUUCGACAAUUUGCAUGUCAUAUUAACAGAAACUUGAGGUAUAACGGACCAUACAGCUUGAGACCUCAGUCUAACUCCAGCUGUCAGGAUUGUAUGAGUUAUCAAGAAUGGACGAGAAAAAUACUCCAAACUAGAGAAUUCGAAGAUGUUUUCCUUCUCCUAACGAGGAGUGUAUGUCAAUCGUCUGGUCGGAUGUCUCGAAAAUGUGAAUCGAUAUUCAGCUUGCUGUUAGACAUGAUGAACAACGUGCUGAAGACGUAUGACGCCAAGGAGUUGUGCGAAAAACUCGGCUCAUGUACUGACGGGCUAAUGAGUAAAGGAAGAAAAUCCUGUAGACGGUUAUGGAUAUGA